AUGGCAAUGAAGACUUCCAGUUUCCUAAAUUCAUGGCUUCUGGUGGCCGCCGUCAUCGCUUCUUGGCUCACCCUCAGUUGCUGUGGCAAUGAGACCGAUAGAAAGAUGUUCAUAGUGUACAUGGGCGAUCGUCCCCACAAUAUUGAAACUCCUACAGCUGCUUCUGCUGUUCACAUUAGCCUCCUUCACAAGGUUACUGGCAGCGUGAGCCUUGCUUCGGAGUCCUUGGUUUACAGCUACAGCAAGAGCUUCAAUGGCUUUGCUGCCAAGCUGACAAAGGCCGAGUCAGAGAAACUGUCUGGACACGAAAGUGUAGCGUCCGUUUUCCCUAGUCGAUUGAGACAAUUACACACGACCAGAUCAUGGGAUUUCAUAGGCUUCCCCCAGAAUGUCACGAGAACGACUGUGGAGAGCGACGUUAUCAUCGGAAUGCUCGACACCGGAAUCUGGCCGGAAUCUCAAAGCUUCAACGAUUCUGGGUACAGCCCACCUCCACAGAAGUGGAAGGGUACCUGCCAAUCCUCUUCCAAUUUCACAUGUAACAACAAGAUAAUUGGAGCUAGAUUCUAUCACGCCGGUGAAGACUUCAAGAAUGGCGAAAUCCCAUCUCCAAGGGAUUCCGAAGGUCACGGGACUCACACCGCAUCCACGGCAGCAGGCAACACAGUGACUCCGGCCAGCCUCCUCGGCCUCGCCUCCGGGACAGCCCGCGGCGGGGUCCCUUCUGCCCGAAUCGCCGUCUACAAGAUCUGCUGGGAAGAUGGCUGUUCGGAUGCCGACAUUUUAGCAGCAUUCGACGAUGCUAUUGCUGACGGAGUCGACAUUAUCUCCCUGUCGGUUGGAGGCUGGCCACAAGACUAUUUCGAGGACUCCAUAGCCAUUGGAGCUUUCCAUUCCAUGAAGAAUGGCAUCCUUACAUCGAACUCGGCUGGCAAUUCUGGCCCUGAUCGAGGAACUGUCUCGAAUUGUUCUCCUUGGUCGCUUUCCGUGGCGGCUAGCACUACUGACAGAAAGUUCACCACGGCAGUGAAGUUGGGUAAUGGCAGAACUUACCAGGGAGUAUCUAUGAAUACAGACGAGGCCAACAAGUUGUAUCCUCUCAUCUAUGGUGGAGAUGCGCCAAACGGAACUUCUGCCAGUUCAGGGAAUUGCGAUAUAGGAAGCUUGAACAAGACAUUGGUGCAAGGCAAAAUUGUGGUUUGCAACGGUGUCAACCAAGGGACUGAGCAAGUUAGAGUGGGUGCCGCCGGUUCCACAAUGAUUCCUCCUCCCAAAACUGUUAAUCUACGUGAGGUGGCAUUUCCAUUUCCUUUACCUGUUUCCAUCUUGACCCAUGCCGAUGGAGUUGACCUUUUGGAGUACAUCAACUCAACCAGCGAUCCAACUGGAGUGAUAUACAAGACACAGGAGUACUACACCAAUGAUUCAUCCCCACGUGUGAUCUAUUUUUCUUCAAGGGGGCCUAACCCAAUAACAACAGACAUUCUCAAGCCGGACCUUACAGCACCGGGAGUCGAUAUCCUGGCAGCAUGGUCUGAAGGUACUACCAUGACAGGACUUGACGGGGACACGAGAAUCGUCCCGUUUAACAUAAUCUCCGGCACUUCCAUGUCUUGUCCUCACGCCUCAGCAGCCGCAGCUUACGUUAAAUCGUUUCAUCCUGCAUGGUCUCCCGCCGCCAUCAAAUCUGCUCUGAUGACAACAGCUCGUCAACUGAGCGUCGAAGAUAACAGUGAUGCCGAGUUUGCAUACGGGUCGGGCCAGAUCGACCCGAUCAAGGCCGUGGAUCCGGGACUGGUAUAUGACGCCGGGGAGAUCGAUUACGUUAGGAUGUUGUGUGGGCAAGGAUACAACCUUACUCAACUCCGCCUUGUCACCGGAGACCAGAGUACUGAUUGUUCUGGACCAACUACCAGAACCGUGUGGGAUCUAAACUACCCUUCUUUUGCUCUAUCGUACGAUAAACCUACGUCGAUCACUCGCUUGUUUCGUAGAACCGUUACGAACGUGGGACCCGCACCGACAACGUACAAGGUCUUCAUUGAUGUCCCAGUGGAGCUCGAGAUCCGAGUUGAACCAGAGGUGCUCUUUUUCAAGGAGACCGGAGAGAAGCAAUCGUUCGUCGUGAUUGUCACGGCUGCGCUGGAAACAAGCAUGUUAUCUGGCUCUUUCAUUCUGAGUAAUGGGAUCCACCAUGUGAGGAGUCCGGUUGUCGCGUUUGUUUCGGGAGAAGAGGAUAUUUAG